GCACCUCACAAGCACAUUCUGUCUGCAGGUGAGCCCCUACGUCCGCUCGCUCCCGCUUUAACCUUAUGGGCGAAAAGUAUAGAAAGCUUCCGCGAGGUGAUUCUGCGGCUCCAAGGGUUCCGCCGGAAGUCUCUGUCCGGGUGCGCGCUUGUCUCUCUCUCCUUUUCCGCCGUUGAAUCUCUACGGGCGCAGGCUGCGGACGUGAGCCGGGCGUCGUCUUGCCGGCCGGACCUUCUUCCCGCGUGGGCGAGCCGCGUCCUCCCUCCGCCGCGCCCUGUGCGGCUUGCUCACUUUCCGGCGCAGGGGCGAUGGAGCUGGCGAACGGAGUGGAGCUGCGAGAGCGGCGCCUGGCGGAGCGGGAGCCGGGGCUGGCGGGGGCCGCAGGGGCCGGGUCCCGCGGGCCGCCCCUCUCGGGGACGUCCUACUGGCUGGACUUGUGGCUCAUGGCCGCCUUCAACCUGGCGCUCUUCGUCUUCGUCUACCUGCUGCCGUGACGGUAAGAGAAAGGAGACCCUCCCCUCCCCAAAAACCCUGCAUUUCGCAUCAAAACACUUCCUCCAAGAGGCUCGAGGCGACUUGCGUCUCCCCGCUGCCCUCCAACGUAUCCUCAACAACAGCCCUGCGAGGUAGGAUAGGCUGGCCCGAGGGCGAGGUGGGGAUUCGAACUCGGGUCCUCCCUAGUCGAAGGCUCCCUGCUACGCCAAAUGGCCUGAGGGUCCUUUUUCUAGGGCUCUUCCUCAGGCUGGAGGUUAAAACAAAGAGGAGAAGGGGAGCUUGAUGCUUAAAGGCAAAGCUUUCCAGUGUAGGAGGAGCGUAGGAGGAGACAGCAAGCUCCUUGAUCGGGUUCUGCUAGCCUAGCAAGGGUGUGCAGGUAACAGACGGUGCUGGGAGGAGGAAAUACUUACCUGUGACAAAAGAGGGAGACAGGUGUCCAAGGGGGGGAAUAGGGGUGAGCUCGUGUUUUUAAGUUCCUUCUCCAAAAUGCCACCCGGCCGUGGUCAUAAGGGUUGUGAGAGUUACCUGGGUGAGAGGCAGCUUGCCUGUGGUUGACCCCCUGUUUCAGUUGGGAAUUAUUGGCAUGCUUCAAAUAGCUUUAAAACUCUUUUGGUUGCUAGAGUCUUUAGGCAAGAAUUUGGACUCUUAGAAAAUAAGAAAUCUUCACGGUGCUGCUACCUUUUACAGUCAUACCUCAUGUUGUGUUUGCUACAGGUUGAGCGUUUUCAGGUUGCGUCCCGCAGCAGCCCAGAAGUAACGGAAUUGGUUACUUCUGGCUUUUGCCGCUCUCGCGUGCGCAGACGCUCAAAAUGACGUCAUGCGCAGAAGCUGCGAAUUGCGACCCGCGCAGACGCAGGUUGCAUUCAGCUCAUGUCUCCAGAGACAAUGGAGUGUGCCUCCGGAGGGUGAAGUUGAACCUCUGCAUUAGCAGCACCAAAGUGACCUUCCCAGGGUGCAAGCCUAGGAGGUGGGCUGUAUGGAGGUCCUGGGCUGCCCAGAUGGCAAGACUCCUUGAUCUCAUUGAUAUGAUCCAAAGGAAAUCAGAGCAACAUGUUUGGCACCAGCUUGGCCAUCCAACUGCUUUAAGGGACUCCAUUCUGGAUUUGAGUAGGUUUACUUCCCCAGCCUUUUCUUCUCCCCAAGAUCUCCUGCAAAGUAGCAGAAGUUUAGGAUAGGUUUUCCUUCUUUCGAAGUUGAGCCCAUCUCCCUCUACAGCUCCUGCCGAAACCACUUUCUAGUUCAGGGGUCAGCAACCAUUUUCAGCCGUGGGCCGGUCCACUGUCCCUCAGACCAUGUGGUGGGCCGGACUAUAUUUUGAAGAAAAAAAUGAACGAAUUCCUAUGCCCCACAAAUAACCCAGAGAUGCACUUCAAAUAAAAGCACACAUUCUAUUCAUGUAAAAACACCAGGCAGGCCCCACAAAUAACCCAGAGUUGCAUUUAAAUAAAAGGACACAUUCUAUUCAUGUAAAAACACACUGAUUCCCAGACCGUCUGCGGGCUGGAUUGAGAAGGCGAUUGGGCCACAUCUGGCCCACGGGCCUUAGGUUGCCUACCCCUGUUCUAGUAUAACCAGCCAGUUGAAGCCGUUUCCCAGGGUGUGGCCACUGUUGCAUAAUAGGUGCCAUAGGUGAGAGCUGAGUGCAGUGUGGGGACCAAAAGUGGACAUACUACCGCUGAAGGAGCACAGUGUGUCCCCCACCAGCGGUACUACCUCUCCCCGAACACCCCAUACACCCCACCUUUAUACAUAGAGUCAAAAAUCGAGAUAUUAGUUUAUUCUAAUAACCCUUUACCAGAACAAUAUAAAGCAAAGCAUUAAAACAGUUGGAAACAAAUUACACUCACUAGAGUGAGGCCUAAAUUGCAACGUAAACAUUCCUUUGGUGUGUAUGUAUAAUCGGUUUAAAAAGUGGAAGAGGGGGAGCUGAAAAUAUAUAAAAUGCUGGUUGGGACCAUAAGAUUCACACAUUUUGGCCAAUUACAGCUCAAGAGAAUUCAAAAUGACUGGAUAAGAUCCAUAAUAUUUUGCUUAAAAAAUUUCGGGAGCGUCAUUGAAAAGAUGUGGAGAAUGUCUUACCCUUUAGAUUUUGCUUAAAAAUAGAAGUGUCCAUAGAGGCGUCAUCUGUCUUCUACGUGUUAUUCACCAAAAUUUUAUGACUAUAGGAAAGUUAUUAACCACUAGCGGGAAGUGCCCAGGAAUUUUCAGAAUCCAGAAAAUAUUGAGAUUUUUAAAUGGAUAGUGUCAUUUGUGAAUUUUGCUCCGUCAUGCUGAAGAUCAGGUGAAAUAAUGCUGAAGUCACAUUUUGGUCAGCCUCCUUGACUCAAAAUGGAACCUGGCAUCCAGACGUUUGUGAGGGCCCCCUCCCCCAUUUGGGGGGGCUCUCAUGCCAGCCUUAGGGACGAUACCUCAAGAGGCAGCCAAACCCAUAGAAAACAAACAGAUCAUUUCCCAAAAUACAUAGCAGAUGAUGGUUGUUGGUAAUGAAUAGCUUUCACUAUUAUAAGGCAGCCCACUCGUGUAUCUAACUAGGUGACAGCAAGCAACUCUCCAGGGUUUUAUGCAAGAGUCUUUUUCCAGCCCUGUCUGGAGAUACCAAGGAUUGAACCUGGAACCUUCUUCAAGUAGAGCAUGUCCUUUAUCACUGAACUCCCCCCCCCUUUUUUUGCAGUUGUGUAAAAAAAAAGAAAAAGAAAGAAAGUCCAAAGUCUGUACUACUCAAACGUUCUCACAAGGUGAGAAGGCAGCUUGGCAAAUGCAACAUUUUUGAUGUGAAAUAAAAGUGAAGAGGGGGAAAGAAAGAAAGAUAACUCAAAUCCAGAGUGGGUACUUUUUAUUAUUCCAGCGUGUUGCUAUCAUGCCUGCAUCGACAAGUCCAAAAAACAUAAAAGUUGAAGUGCAAAAUUUUCUCAAACAUUUUAACUGUUCGUAAAACCUAGUUAUUAUCUUCCUCAAGGACAGCUUGGUUGUUGCAAUACAUAUGUAGAGGCCAAAUAUUGUUUCUAUUGUAUCGGUUGGACAUGGUUGUCCGGCAUGCUGUCAGUUGGACUGGGCUCAACAUCAACGUGGGAGGUGAUACCCAACUUUGUCCAGCAUCACAUUAGUAUCGUCCUAUAAUUGAUGCUGCUGUGGUGUCCCAUCAGUGGAUGCUAAAGGUGUAAGAAUAGCCUGAAAGCACGCACGGCCAUUUAGAGAUACAUUACUAUGGUUGGAGGAGUUUCACAUAUGUGUUCUAUUAAGUACUGCAGUCAAACAUUUUACUGAUGCUGAGAUUAGAUUGGAUCUGGAGCUUUUGCAAUAAAUGCAAUAAUGAAAUACUGACAAUGCAAUAGAGUCGACUUGGUAAGUGAUUUUACUGGUUGUGGCAAAUGUACAGGCAUGUCCAGAAUUUCAUGUAAUGUUUUCAAGACCUGGAGAAACGGCAUACAAUGGAACUCUUGCAACAUCUUGAAGUUGUUUUUUUUUUAAUAUGUCACCUGUGAUUUUGAGAACACAGAGGUAGUCAAAACAUGUGCAGCAGAAUUGUAUCAACUGCCACCUUGCCAAAACUAACUUCAGCAGUUUAUUAAUGUGCCAAUUACCAAACCUGGGCUUGGAAAAACUGCUUGUUCCCAUUUGUACGUGUUCACAUCAGUGUUAAGAAACCCCACAGGCGCCAGUCACAUUAUGUGACCGGUCCAAUUGUGCCCAUGUGGAAAUCUCUGGAUGCCAAGUUGGCAACUGACAUCUCUAUCUAGCUGACUCCUGUGCCUUUCUUAAGCAGAUAAACAGAGCAGCUCAUUUAUUGCAUUUAUAUCCCACCUUGUUCUCCAAGGAGUACAUGGUUCACCCCCCAACUCAGUUAAUCCCUACAACGAUCUGUGAGGUAUGGUUAAGGCAGGCAUGGCCAAACUUGGCCCUCCAGCUGUUUUGGGACUACAAUUCCCAUUAUCCCUGACCACUGGUCCUGUUAGCUAGAGAUGAUGGGAGUUGUAGUCCCAAAACAGCUGGAGGGCCAAGUUUGGCCAUGCCUGGGCUAAGAUGCUGUGACUGGCUCAAGGUCGCCCAGUGAGCUUCAGGACUGAGCUUUGAUUUGAACUUUGAACUGCCAGGUCCUAGACCGACACUCUAACCACUAUACCACACCAGAUUCCUAGAGCUCUUCGGUUAUUGGACCCCUAUAUAAAUUUAUUAGGUAAAUGAAUAUGGGGAAAGCAGAAUGUCACUUAGAGAAGGAUCUGAAGUAUUUUCCUUGAAGCUUCAAUUUGCUUUCUUCUGCAUUGUUUUAUUUGAUGUUUUAAUGUGUUGCAUUGGGAUUUGUUCUUUAAAAUCUAAAGUGGUAUAGAAAUGAAAUGAAUAAUAAGAAUUUUCAUGGGGUGGAAAUGCCACCUAGACACCCCAUUGUGCAGACCAUAAACUAGGUUUAAGGUGCCGUUUGGCAUUAACUUAUACAGUGGUACCUCGGGUUAAGUACUUAAUUCGUUCCGGAGGUCUCUUCUUAACCUGAAGUACCACUUUAGCUAAUGGGGCCUCCUGCUGCCGCCGCACCGCUAGAGCACGGUGUUGAGAAUUUCUGUUCUCAUCCUGAAGCAAAGUUCUUAACCCAAGGUACUAUUUCUGGGUUAGCGGAGUCUGUAACCUGAAGCGUAUGUAACCCGAGGUACCACUGUAUACCUGUGUUUCUAACACUAAUUCAGUCUUGAUGGUUAUGGAUGGAAAACAAUACAGUCGUACCUUGGAAGUCGAACGGAAUCUGUUUCGGAAGUCCGUUCGACUUCCAUAACUUCCAGAAACCUAAGAACCGAUUUAAGGGGUGUGCAUGGUGAGAAAAUCUUUAUGCUGGUUGAACUUUCACCUUAGUGCUACAUGGACUGCAACCUAUGGUGGGUGUGGGUGUUUUUUGUGUGAUUAAAAAUGCUUUUAUGUCCUGCUGGCAGGCUUCGCAGCGGCAUCUGCUUAGCUACAGUGGGAAACAGGGUUCUGGCCUGCUUAGGUCUUUGGUCUGGUCCAUUGGGUCUGCUUACAUAUUCAGUUUGUAGCGGGCACACUGACAUACUAUGUCCUAACUUCAGUUUUCUUCAUCCAGCAGGAUAACCUGAUUCCAUGGUAGAAAAGCUGUUGUUGCCAUUCCUCCAGCAGCAUGUCUGUUCGGAACAAAGAGACGUUUGGGAAACUGUUACAGACUGUUCUCUCGAGAAGUGAUGCCUGCGACAACUGCUUUUGAACUGUUAGCACUCUUUGUUGAGCCUGCCAGACGUGUGGUUUGACCUUCUACUUUUCAACCUGAAAUGGAUGGAAGUUGUGCCUUAUGACAAAUGUUACGCUGCUGUUGAUGGUUUUCCACUAUAUUAAAAUGGUUCAUUUUAUCUAUGCA